CGUUGGAGCCGUUGUGUUGUGCAAGGCUAAAACUAGUGCGUUUUAACUUGUCAGCUCAGCUUAUGUUUCGGAUUAGUGGGCUUCGGUGCUUUGUUUUAGCUUAGUGGGCUCAUGUUGUAGCUUCUGUCUUAGUGGGCUCAUGCUGUAGCUUCUGUCUUAGUGGGCUCAUAUUGUAGCUUCUGUCUUUUCGGCUUUAUUGAAAUUUUAGGGUUUAUUGAGGAUCCGUUUAUUGAGAAGGCGCCCUCUCUCUGGUUCGAAGAAACAGAGUUGCAUUGGAAAGUAGUGGAGAAAGAAUGUCGAAGAAGAACAAUUUAGCCAAGAGAAAGAAGCAACACGAGUACAAUCUACAAAAGGAGAAAGAGAUACAGGAUAAGAAGAUCAAGAAGCUUCAGGCGAACAAGAACAAGAUGAAAGUUGAUGGAAGUGGUAAGAAGAAAGGUGGAUUCUCAGUUGGGAAGAAGAAGUUGAAGACUAAGUUGACUCCAGCUGCUAAAGCUAAAGCUGCUCAAGCUAUGGAGCUAGACAAUUGAGAAACAAAAAAAAAACAUGUCUUCUUCUUUUCUUUUUUUUACUUGUAUGUAAACUGCUCUUCAUUUAGAACUUCCUACUGAUCUCAAGAUUUUGCUUCCAAUACUUAUUUGAUGGUCUGUUUAAUAACUAAUGUUCAAAUUCAGCAUUGCAAUAGAUUUCACAGAAGUACUAUUGGGUAUAA